AUGCGGCCGGUUAUUAGAGAUUUCCAGAUGACGGAUGGUAUAGCAAAUAGCGAGAGGCUAACCUUUAGUCCGCGUAAUGUAUAUAAAGAAGGAUUUCAUCCUACACCUACCGUAAAAUAUCAGGAACCCAAGAAGCAACUGGCACCUCCAACCUUUAGUAAUCGAUACUUUGUCACUGGAGUUCUGUCACUACCCUAUGCAGAGAUCAAAGAACCGUUCACUGCAUGGUAUGAUGCAGCUAAUGAAAUGAGCAGGAUUGACUACUAUGGUGACAUGGUGCAGACGUACCAGAGGGCAGACGAGAAGUCAUACGGCAACAGCUACAAGGUCACGCCGAUGACGAACGAGAUCGUGAAGAACGUCAAGAGCUGCUUCCGGGUGAACGGGACGGCGAACGCGACCGUCGCUGUACAGAGCAUCCUCCCCGACACGACAGGAUUCGUCCAUCUGCGGAAUGACACGCUCGACGACGACGACUGCGAGGUGUGGCACAAUGUGACGGUGGACGGCGGCAAGGUGAACCGCUACACGCUGUGGUUGCGGCGUGACGCGGCGGGGGCGCCCGUGCCGCUGCGAUACGAGAUGCGUGGCUACGACACGCUGCUCGGCUCGCACUACGAUAAGUACGAGAUCGCCUACGCCGACUACGACGCGUCGCCGUUCAACCCUGCCGUGUUUGACGUUCCCGCGGGCUUGACGUGUGGAGGGUUUCCCGGUCCCGGCGUCGAGCGGCGCGCGCUCGCAAACCCAAUGCGAGAGUACGUCGCCGGGGACGACGCGCACGCGCACGAGUCGUUCACGCAGUACAGGGAGCGCCACGGUCGCCGCUACGACGACGAGCGCGAGCACAAACUAAGGAAGCACGUGUUCAGGAACAACCUCAGGUUCAUCCACUCAACAAAUCGAGCGAACCUCGGCUACCAGCUGGCCGUCAACCACCUUGCCGAUCGCACCGACGACGAGCUGAGGGCCACCAGGGGGCGCCUGACAUCGCCGCACCCCAACGGAAAGGCGUUCGAUAAGGCCCGGUACAAGGGACAAGCCGUUCCGGACAGCCUCGACUGGCGAAUCAAUGGCGCCGUGACACCGGUUAAGGACCAGGCGGUGUGCGGCUCGUGCUGGAGUUUUGGAUCGACCGGCGCCAUCGAGGGAGCGCUGUUUGUGAAGACCGGUCAGCUGGUGAGGCUGUCUCAGCAGAACUUGAUGGACUGCUCGUGGGGCUACGGCAACAACGCGUGCGACGGUGGUGAGGAGUGGCGAUCGUACGAGUGGGCGAUGAAGCAUGGCGGCAUUAUGAGCGAGGACGACUACGGAAGCUACAUUGGCCAGAAUGGCUACUGCUCGUUCAACCCGGCCAAGGUUGCGACCAAGGUGAGCGGCUACGUGAACGUGACGUCGGGUGACCAGGAGGCAUUGAAGCUGGCGUUGGUGAAUCACGGACCGGUGGCGGUCGGCAUCGACGCGUCUCACAAGUCACUCAGCUUCUACGCUAACGGCGUCUACUACGAGCCGGCGUGCGGCAACACAUCCGACGAUCUUGACCAUGCUGUCCUAGCCGUCGGGUAUGGGACGUUGAAUGGGCAGCCAUACUGGCUCAUCAAGAACUCUUGGUCCACCUACUGGGGCAACGACGGAUACGUGCUCAUGAGCCAGAAAGAUAACAACUGUGGCGUCGCCACCGACGCCACAUUUGUGACUAUAUAGUAGGCACCUGCUACACACCCUCAUGCAGAUGCCCAACGAAACAGCAGAACCCUGGUCUAUUCGCACAAUUAAGUGCACUUUAAACGACUAUCGUUAUUGAAGGAACUCAAAUGAUGUAGGCCUAUUGAUGAAGAAAGAUGGAAGCACGAUCUGUAUUGCUAGAGUGAAACACACUCGUUAUAACCAAAUGUAUCUAUAAUUUCUCUCAAAUUACUGCAAUAAUUUGAAAUGGAUGUUUGAAUUAGAAAACGUGCAUCUGUAAUAAUUUAAUUGAAUACAGGUAUCUAGUUCUUAAGAGUGGUGACAUAUGUAAGCCAAGUGCAGUACGGCUGAAUAGUUGUAAAUUUUUCACUAACAUUGUUUGUACUAGGAGUAUCUGUGAAUAUUUGUUGUUGUUUUUGGUCGAUUCCUGAAAUUGUAUAUUACUUAAUUGUGAUGGUGCCUGUUGUGAUUUAGUAUCUAAUACCACCCCCGACUCAUAAAAUGGCAUUCCUGGAAUGUUUUGAUAAUUCUUUUUCAAUAAAUUUUGAAAAAUCAGUAA